CCAAAUUUAAAUAAAAAUAAAAUUUUGGAAAUGAUGAUUCCCCUUCCCUGGAUUUGCCUCCUGCUCUGCUGCUCCCUGGAAAAUUCCAGAAUUUCUGCCUCAGCCCUCCCCCCCUUCACCAGCAUCCGCUUCCUCCGCGCUCCCUCCCCCUCCAUAACCGCGCCCGGCUCCGACGUCGUCCUCGACUGCUCUGUGCACGUGGAUGGAACAGAAUCAACACCCAAAAUCCUCUGGAGGAAAGAUUGGGAAUUCCUGGAUGUGGAAAAGGAUGAGAGGAGGAAACAAAUCGAGAAUGGGUCGCUGUGGAUCCGGAACGUUCCGCAGCGGCGGCACCGCGGAGGCCAUGAUGGCGUUUAUCGCUGCUGGGUGGGGCUGGAGGGGCUGGGAGCCGUGGGGAGCAGCGGGGCCAGCGUGGCAAAUCCAGGUAAAGAUUAA